GUGGAUGAGAGGCGUGUUUGGGUUUGAGCGCUGUGAGUGUAAGAAUCCAAGAUUUGAUUAGGGAAAUUAGAAUUUAGAAGAACCAAACCCUCCGAAAACCCAGAACCCUGUUUCGCGCGUCAAUGGAUUUCCAAGUGGUUGUUCUCGGCGGUGGCGUCUCCAAGAAGCUCCUCCCUCUCGUUUCGCAGGAGCUUCCAAACGCGUUACUUCCGGUGGCGAAUCGUCCCGUUCUCUCUUACGUGCUCGAGUACUUGGAGCUUAGCAACCUAAAAGAUCUCAUUGUGGUGGUUGAAGGCGAAGAAGUGGCUCAUCAUGUUGGGGCUUGGAUUUCAAGCGCUUAUGCUGAUCGCCUCCAUGUUGAGGUUGCUUCAGUUGCCGAGGAUGUGGGAACUGCAGGUGCAAUACGGGCCAUUUCACAGCACCUAACUGCCAAAGACAUUUUGGUUGUCAGUGGUGAUCUUGUUACCAAUGUGCCACUUGGAGCAGUUGCAGCUACUCAUAGACGGCAUGAUGCAGUUGUCACUGCUAUGCUUUGCCCUGCUCCUGUAAGUGGACCUUUGGAGUCAGUAUCCUCUGGUGGGAAGGACAAAACUAAGAAACCUGGCCGAUAUGAUUUGAUAGGGCUGGAUCCCACUAAACAGUUUUUAGUUCACAUAGCAACUGGAGCUGAAGUUGACAAAGAUCUUCGAAUUCAGAAGAGCAUGCUCCCUGCAGUUGGCCAGAUAGAAAUAAGGGCUGAUCUAAUGGAUGCUCACUUGUAUGCAUUUAAAAGAUCAGUUCUACAACAAGUUCUGGACCAGAAGAGUUCAUUUCAUAGCUUAAAGCAUGAUGUCUUGCCAUAUCUUGUCCGGAGCCAACUGAAAUCAGAAGUAUUAUUAAAUGGUGUGCCACAAGCAGAAGAAAAUGGAAACGGAAAGGUUAUUUCUCAAAGCAAUGAACAAGUGCUAUCUCAAAUACUUGCUAAUGCAUCUGAACCAACCUUUCAUCUACGUCAUGCACUGGAUCCUUAUGGCACUACUUCCGUUCGAAAAACCCAUAAAUGCUGUGUGUAUAUAGCUGGAAGCAGCAAGUACUGUGCUCGCUUAAAUUCUAUACAAGCAUACAGUGACAUAAACCGAGAUGUUAUAGGAGAGGUUAGUCAUUUAUCGGGGUAUUCCUUUUCUGCUCAAAACAACAUUAUCGAUCCUUCUGCAGAGAUUGGGGCUAAAACCACUGUUGGACCACAUUGUAUGCUGGGGGAAGGUUCACAGAUGGGUGACAAAUGCAGUGUGAAACGGUCUGUCAUUGGCCGUCACUGUCGGAUAGGUGCCAAUGUUAAGGUUGUUAAUUCAGUAGUCAUGAAUCACGUUACUAUUGGAGAUUCUUGUUCAAUCCAAGGUUCUGUUAUCUGCAGCAAUGUACAGCUCCAAGAACGUGUUGUACUAAAAGAUUGCCAAGUUGGAGCAGGUUUUGUGGUCACUGCUGGUAGUGAAUGUAAGGGGGAGGUCUUGGCUAAGAAAUGAAACCGAGAUGUGAAAAUCCAGGCUGGGGAAAUACAUAGCAAAUUGACUUUUAUUCUGCUUCAUAAUUGCUUGGAGCAAAUUUUGUGUGUUACUGGCAGCAGUUUCAAUUUGGUGAUCCCGACAGGAGCAAUGAAAUUCCAAUACUUCCAAUUUGUGUGUAUGUUCUGUGCAGUUUCUUUCUCCUACGAUUAAUGUUUGAAAAUGGCUGCAAUCGGUGUUGAAUAUGUAUCUGUGUAAAUGACUACUACUUCCUCUUCACAAUUUUCUGCCAUUUAAAUGCACGUUACAAGGGACUUUCGGUUGGUUUUUUACUGCUGUACUAAAAGCGGUAUAAUCCAGCGUCAUCAGUUUUGUAUUCGAGUAAUUGUUACUAUUGAAUGAUGCAUCUUGUUUGUUUUUUGUAUUUUGUUUUUGUUUGAGAUCUAGUUAUGAUAAUGUUGA